UCCUCCUUGAUGACUAGGUUGUCAAAUCUAAUUUGCUAAAACCAAAUCAAUGCCCUUCAGCUAAAACAGUGUAAAAAACAAAAAACAGAGGGUGUAAACCAGAAUCCUCCCAGCUGCGUCUUAAAAUUAUAUGACACACGGAUCCAAGCGGCUCAGCCGAGUGCGAAUCAUCGAGAAACUCUCGCUGAAUAUGAAGCUCGCCUUUGCCUUCUUCAACCGAACUGCGAACGUUUCCUAUGAUUACUGGAGCCAGAAAAACGUUUCCUAUGACGUCUCAAACAACUCCACAUUUACUGAGAAUCUGAAUACGGCUGCUAACUGGGUCAGCAUCAUCAUCCUGUGUGACACCAUGGUCGCUCUCGGGUGCACCAUGAACGUGUCCAAGAUAAAAGCCCACAUCGUGAAGCCCAAAGGGGUGGCGAUCGCCAUCCUGGCUCAGUUCGGGGUGAUGCCCCUCACCGCCUUCUCUCUGGCUAAACUGUUCCGGCUCGGCACCAGCGAGGCCAUGGCGGUCCUGGUUUGUGGCUGCUCUCCAGGAGGAGUGCUGUCCAAUGUCCUGGCCUAUGCCUUCAGGGGAGAUAUGAAUCUCAGCAUUGUGAUGACCACCUGCUCCACACUGGCAGCGCUUGGAAUGAUGCCCCUUCUUCUCUUCAUUUACUGCCAUGGGUUCUCCGACCCCACUGCUGUCCCCUAUGGGAAUCUUACCCUGGCCUUGGUCUUGACUUUGCUGCCCUGCGCCCUCGGCAUCUACAUUAAUCACCGAGUACCGCAGUACUCCAAACUCGUCACCAGGAUCGGACUGGUCGUAAUGCUGGUCUGUUUGAUCGUGUUUGCUGUUCUGGUUGGGAUUUUAUUAGGCCAGGAGAUGAUGACAGUCACAGAACCUCGGCUCCUGGCCACUGGAGCACUGAUGCCACUGAUCGGAUACGGACUCGGCUACGCGCUAUCGCUCUUCUUCUUCAGGUUCGACGGACCGUGUAGGAGGACUGUCGCUAUAGAAACAGGUUGCCAGAACAUCCCCCUCUGCUACACGAUCCUGAAAGUAGCUUUCGAGCCGGAAUUCAUCGGGCCGUAUUUCCUUUUUCCGUUUCUCUACUUUUUCUUCCAAGUUCCUGAGGCGCUGAUUUUCAUUGUCCUCUUCCGAUGGCACACCAGGCAGAAACCCCCUGAUGCAGCGCCGGCGAAUCAUCAUCAAGACCUCUGAAUUUAAACUCCGAAUUGAGCAGGAACGAGGUAAUACACAACAGUUACAUACACCAAUUGAGGUUCUUCCUCAAACCGUUGGAAUUCUAUCGGAUGUCUUUGGAUGCUGUAGUAUGACAUUUUCAGUUUCUUUGAGAAAACCUAAAGCUGUUCCAGCAUAAACCCUGUGCACAAAGCCAGCUCUAUAAAGAUCUCCUGCUAUAGAUCUCCUAUCCUACUGAACACCUUUGGGAUGAACCGAUUGUGCUCCCUGCACCCGAGGCCUCCUCACCCUCUCACUUACAUCAGUAGAA